GAGCCUCCUAUGAGGAAAUUAGGGCAGGGGAUCCCUAUAAAUACCCCGUCACCCCGGCCACUCGCAGUCCCUCCUGCUCCAGUGCCAUUUGUGUGGAUUUGCCUUGGUUGAUUGACCAUAAUGCCCAAACUCACGGGGGUCAUCAAUGAGAUCAUCGGAAUUUUCCUAAGCUAUUCCGAGGGGACAUGCGCCCCCCACAAGCUGAACAAGAAUCAGAUGAACCGGCUCAUUCAGAAUGAGUUCUCUGAUGUCAUCAAGAACCCAAAGGAUCCAAAGACCGUUGAAGCUUUGAUAAAAGUCCUUGAUCAGAAUAAAGAUGAAGAAGUUGACUUUGAUGAAUUCUCUGACCUACUGUGCAAGGUUCUUAAAGCCAUCUACCGCGCUAUGCAACAAAUGGAGAAAGAUUGCCCCAAGAAAGCCCCAGUCCACAAGACUCAAGAGGAGACUGAUAAAAAACCACAUGAUGUACAUGUUGAACACCAUGACCAUCCAGAUUCUCCUUCCAAAUACUACCAGGAACCCGUGUACCCCAUUCUUGAUAAGACUAAAGAGCAGAAAGACCAAGGAAAGAUAUUAACCAGCCAUGUCCAGUCAACAGAUGAAAGGUCCAAACUCACCACCUUGCAGACAGGCCAAACGGCAACAACAACAGUAACAACUGAUCCAGUGAAACCAGUCACUCAGAUCACCCAGGACAAAAAGGAUCAAGUUUUAAAACAAGACAGAACAGUCACACAGAUCCAACAGGACAAGGACAAGAAGGAUCAAGUACCCUACCUAAAAAAAAUAGACACACAUAUCCAUCAUGACAAGAAGGAUCAAGUCACCCAACUGGACAUACCAGUCACACAGAUCCAACAGGACAAGGACAAGAAGGAUCAAGUCACCCAACUGGACAAAACAGUCACACAGAUCCAACAGGACAAGGACAAGAAGGAUCAAGUACCCUACCUAAAAAAAAUAGACACACAUAUCCAUCAUGACAAGAAGGAUCAAGUCACCCAACUGGACUUACCAGUCACACAGAUCCAACAGGACAAGGACAAGAAGGAUCAAGUCACCCAACUGGACAAAACAGUCACACAGAUCCAACAGGACAAGGAUAAGAAGGAUCAAGUCACCCAACUGGACAAAACAGUCACACAGAUCCAACAGGACAAGGAUAAGAAGGAUCAAGUCACCCAACUGGACAAAACAGUCACACAGAUCCAACAGGACAAGGAUAAGAAGGAUCAAGUCACCCAACUGGACAAAACAGUCACACAGAUCCAACAGGACAAGGACAAGAAGGAUGAAGUACCCUACCUAAAAAAAAUAGACACACAUAUCCAUCAUGACAAGAAGGAUCAAGUCACCCAACUGGACAUACCAGUCACACAGAUCCAACAGGACAAGGAUAAGAAGGAUCAAGUCACCCAACUGGACAAAACAGUCACACAGAUCCAACAGGACAAGGACAAGAAGGAUGAAGUACCCUACCUAAAAAAAAUAGACACACAUAUCCAUCAUGACAAGAAGGAUCAAGUCACCCAACUGGACAUACCAGUCACACAGAUCCAUCACGACAAGGAUAAGAAGGAUCAAGUCACCCAACUGGACAAAACAGUCACACAGAUACAACAGGACAAGGAUAAGAAGGAUCAAGUACCCUACCUAAAAAAAAUAGACACACAUAUCCAUCAUGACAAGAAGGACCAAGUCAGCCAACUGGACAAAACAGUCACACAGAUCCAACAGGACAAGGAUAAGAAGGAUCAAGUCACCCAACUGGACAAAACAGUCACACAGAUCCAACAGGACAAGGACAAGAAGGAUCAAGUUACCCAACUGGACAAAACAGUCACACAUGUCCAACAGGAUAAGAAGGAUCAAGUAACACAACAAGGCAUAUCCACCACUCACGUUGUACAACAACCAGGCAUAUCCACCACUCACGUUGCACAACAACCAGGCAUAUCCACCACUCAAGUUGUACAACGACCAGGCAUAUCCACCACUCAAGUUGCACCACAACCACGCAUAUCCACCACUCAAGUUGUAACACAACCAGGCAUAUCCACCACUCAUGUUGUACAACAACCAGGCAUAUCCACCACUCAAGUUGCACCACAACCACGCAUAUCCACCACUCAAGUUGUAACACAACCAGGCAUAUCCACCACUCAUGUUGUACAACAACCAGGCAUAUCCACCACUCAAGUUGCAACACAACCAGGCAUAUCCACCACUCAAGUUGCAACACAACCAGGCAUAUCCACCACUCAAGUUGUACAACGACCAGGCAUAUCCACCACUCAAGUUGUACAACGACCAGGCAUAUCCACCACUCAAGUAACACAGCAAGGCCCUAGGAGUACUCAGACUCCUCAAACAAUGCCUAGUGCUACCCAAACCAAACCCUGCAUAGAUCAGCAACCCCCUUCGAUGUAUCAAGAGCACCAAAUCCCUGAAAUGCCCCAAAUGUACCAGCAGGCCCAGCAGCAUGUGCACCAGUACCAGUCCCACUUUACCACUCAGAAGAAGAAACCUUGAGGCCAUAAACGCUAGGAAGGAUCGGUGUGUCCUAAUAGAAGUCCAGUAUGUUCCAUUAUGUGCCAUUAUGUGCCAAUAUGAACCAGUAUGUGCCAUUAUAAACCAGUAUGUGCUUGUACUGCAGAGCUUGUUUCUCUCUUAUUUACUGCACAAUAAAGUGGUGGUUUUCCUGUGUC